AAAAAACCAGAAACUGGCAGCUGGAACAGCUGUUUUUUAUUUAUAUACAAAUACAGAAAAACAAGUAAAUAAUACGUUUUCGUGGUUUUCAGUCAUAUCAGCAAUACACUCAACACAAAUAACAUAGUUUACUCAUUAUUUACAAUAUUAUGAGUCUUAAUAUCAAAAAAAUUCCAGUAUUCGUAUUUCCCAACACGCUGAAGUUUUAUCUAGGUUCCAAAACUACACACAAACAACUGCUCACUCUCUACAACCCUUAUGAUUUUCCAGUACGAUUCAAAGUUCUAUGCACCUCACCAAACAAGUAUGUUGUAAUAGAUCCAGAAGGUAGUAUAGGGCCCCACAUGUUGGUAGAUAUCAUAAUAAGGCAUACUUCACCUCUACCAGUUAGCUGCAACGUCACAGAUAAAUUUAGGAUUUCUAUGCAAGAUCAUACUACAAAACAGGUACUUGGAAAAAGAGACAUAGAAGCAACAUUACUACAAGGAGAAAAAGACAAUAUUUCAAAUGAUGGUGAUUUCCAAAAUAUCCCAUGUACUGAUAGAAGUAACACUGAUGAACAAAGAAUAUACUUGACAAACAGAUCACUGCCAGCCACUCAUUCAACAAACUAUGUAAUUUCUAUUAUUAUAGGACUAGUUUGUGUGGUAUCAUUAAUACUCCCAACACAGCAGGAGGUACCUCAACCUUCUAGUAUACCAGCAUAUCUGCAUCUUAGCAUUAAUUUCAAAUUGGUACUCUCAUAUGUUUUAGGCUUAGUCAGUAUGGUAAUAUUUAGACCAUAAAUUAUUUGAUAGGGUUAAUUUUCCAAAUUUUAUUAUGGUACAACUAUUUUAAGUGGUGUGAUUUGUAUUUAUUAUAAAUGGUUUAUGUUUGUUGAUGCUGAUUGAUUUUUAAAUAAAUA